AUGCAGGACACCACAGAGAUAAUGAAGGAGGCUCACAUUAUGCAGGCACUCGCACAUAAAAAUAUCCCAACCAUAAUAGGUGUGCAGCUUCAAAAGCAGCCCAUUUCCUUAAUAAUGGAGUUUAAAGGGGAAGACAAUACAUCUGUAACAAUAAGCAAACAAUUGUCUUGUCAGAAAAACAGUGCAACAAUACAGAAUGUGCAAAGCUCACUCAUAACAAAUGACUGGUUAAUUAUUUCACAUGAUUUGACAGAAGCCCUUUUGCAUAUUCACACAAAAGGCUUUCUUCACUGUGAUUUGAAGGCUAAUAAUGUUCUUGUGAGUAACAAACAUGGCUACAUCAUCAAUUUUGGAAAAGCAUGUGACAGCUCCUUUCCUCCUGCAAAGAAGUACAGCAUCUGUUAUCUUCAUAUUGCUCCUGAGGUUCUUAAUGGUUCUCCCUGUAGCAAAGCCAGUGAUAUUUUCCCUUGGUAA